UCGUUAAUCAUAUUUAUGGUUCACUCCUCUCCUCGUCUCCCUUAUUACAAACCAAACCCUAAAUUUCGGUUCAGUUUGGACCUUGUAAUACAUUAUCCCUCUCUUCGACUCUCUCUCUCUCUCCUGCGCGAUUUUGACCGUCCGUCGAUCGGCCUCCGCUCAAAUCGUCUUCUCCGACCAGGGACGUUGUUGUUCUUCCCCGAGAUGUCUCCUGCUUCUGCUUCAAAGUCAAAAUCAAAGGAAAAGAAAGCUGGAAACGAUGCCCAAAAGGCCUCCACGAAGCCUACAGUAUCCAUUAAUGCAAACAGCAAUAUGCCGGCCAAUGCUUACAAUCCUCUUCUGGGAACUUUUCAGGUUCUUGAUUCAGUCUCGAUAUUUUCUGGUUCGCCUCUUCAUAAUGGCCGUUUCAGAAGCAUAGAUGAGGCUGACUUGACGGGUGGGGUUGAGUCUGAUGCCAUUUCAAACAAUGAUAGCUGGUCAGGCGAGUCAGAAGAUCACAAGGAGAAACCGUCCAACCCAUCUGCACGGCAGGAAGUAAUACCAGGUGCAGACAAUGACAAGCGAGAAAAAAUCCGUCAGAAGAAUGAAAGGAAGCAUCAACGGCAGAAGGAGAGGCGGGCUCAGGAGUUGCAUGAGAAGUGCAGCACAUAUCUCAUGUCUAGAAAGCUCGAAACGCUUACCCAGCAACUUGUGGCCAUGGGAAUUUCUCAAGAGCAUGCGACAACGGCUCUGAUGUUGAAUGAAGGCAAGGUUGAGGAGUCUGUUCAUUGGUUGUUUGACAGGAGUGAAGAAGAGGUUGAGAAGCAAAGCACUCAGAAUACCGGGAACCUGAAAAUAGCCAUAUCAGAAGAACUUGCUAGGAUUACCGAUAUGGAGAUACAGUAUAAGUGCACGAGGCAGGAAGUAGAACGAGCAGUUAUUACAGCCGAGGGUGAUCUUGACAAGGCAGAAGAAACCUUGAAAGCUCAAAGAAAACAAAGACAACAGGUAACACUUCUAUAAUGGUUGAUGAAAGAUAGGGGGAGGGGCAAAACACAAAUGGCACAUAACAAGAAGAAAAACAAAACAAAACUGAUAAAAGUAGUUUUGACAGGAAUAGCUCAUCAGAAUUCAGCAGCACCAAGGCCACAGACAACACAUGUUCCAACUCCUGGUUCACAACAAACAAGAGAUGAAAGGGACUUUAACUAUACGAGGUCAGCCCCUAUGGUGGGAGGAUCCUUGCAACCUCUGAAUAAAAUGGCUCAGCCUGUGAAGAGACUUGAUUCGAAGUUAGAGUGGGCAAAACCUCAACCCUCAUCCGCUGCUUUGGCUGAUAAAAGGUGGCCAAACACCGGACAAGUCCCAUCUGCUUCUUCUUACCCUUUGGCGUCACCAUCAUCGCAAGCAUCUCUUCAGCCACUGAAGGUUGAAUCCCGCUAUGUGCCCGGUGGAAACAAAAUCAAGAAUCUUCAGCAGCCAUUGAAUAGGGAGCCAGUUACAAUGAUGCAGCGAAAUCAAGUUGUAAGCGCAAAGCAGGUUCCACCUUCAACAUCUCCUCCUAGAGCUUCAACCAGUUGGCACCCUGCAAACGGAAUUGAGAUUAUGAAGUCUAAUGGGUUCAUGCCACCACAUAUCCCAAGCACUCGAAGCCCCAGUCCGAACAAUCUGAACCCAAAUCAGAUCUACCAGCAACUUCAGUAUCAACACCAGCAGCGAUUCAACAGCAUGGUAGAUUCGACUGGAAUGGCCGGUGGCAAUGGCUUAUGGACCAGAAACAGUCCAUCUCCAACUGUAGCUGCUGCAUCUUCCUUGGGACUGUUCUCCGGAGUAGGCUCAACGGCCACAUCAGGCGCUUCUUCACCGGUGGAUUGGAGCUCCAGGAAUUCGAUGGCAUACCUAGACUACACAAGCAUAGACUGGAGCCUUGAUCGGAGCUUUUCCCCGAGCCCUAGGAACGGAUUAUGGCCCGGGUCAACUUCACCGCUGAAGAAUAACCUCAUGUAUGAAUCAAACAUCAAUGGGUAUGGUCUGAAUCUGAAAGCUUCGAUGGGAGCCAGAGUCAAUGGCAAUGGUGUUCCUAUGGCGGGCCUGGAGAACGGAAGCAUUGUCGUGCCCUCGGAAACAUCGACAGCCAAUUCUCGGGACUGGACGUCGCCGUUUGAAGGGAAAGACAUAUUUAGCUUGUCUAGACAUUAUGUUUCUCCUCCGCUGUAAGAGUAAGAGAGUGACAUUAAGCAAUAAGAAAGGAAAAAGACAGAGAAAGAAG